UUGUACUUUACAAUGCAGAUUCAUGUAAGGCAUAUGAUUGUAAAGGCAAUGGAGGAUAGAUAUCCGAAAUGGGGCGAAGAUAAACCUCCUGAUGAUUUGGAUAACAUGAUAGUUGACAUCCUCAAUGAUCAGCUAAACGACAAGUUUUUGGAUGUAAUGCCACUUACCAAGUGCCGGAAGAGAAAACAUCAAGUCAGUGCACCUAGUGUUCCCGAAAGAGUGGAUACGAGCCCCUCCACAAAACGAAGGAAGGAGAAAGAAACUGCACCAGAAAUGGUAUGUAUCACGUGUUAUUGAACAUUUUUGUUUUGUUAGUAUCUAAACUUUUUUGGUUUGUGAGUUUUGAAGGAAGAAUCUCAUACUGAUAUGCCCAUCAACAACGGCAUCAUACAAAAGUUGGUUGAGGCUGUUAACAACUUGUCUGGAAGAGUAGAAACCAUGGAUGUUAGUGUAGCUGAAAGGGUUACUAAGACAUUGGAAGCUUCUGUACAAGCUCAGGUGGAAGCUAGAAUGGCUUUAUUUGAGACUGAGAUGAAGAACAAAAUGGCCAUAUUAGAGGAAGACAUAAAUGUUCUUAAAGGGAAGGAUGAAGAAAAAGUUACAUCCAAUGCCGGCAACUCCAAAGCACAUGAAGACGACGACGCUUGUAGCAACACGAUGUCCUGGAUGGUUCAGACAAAAAAAGGUUCAGUUGAUGGUUUACCAAUACAACGUGUCGUAAAAAAGGAGAAGAAGAUUAACAAGACGAUGCCAGGGAAAAUCGGACAUACUCAUUGGAGAGUCUCUUUCUUCUCUCUUUCUUGCAUAAAUCAGCUUUGUAGAAGAUCCAUGAACCUCUUCUACAUGGUUUGGUUGAAGCCCGUAUGUAGUAAAGUUUUCAUCAUCAGAUGUUGCUCCAUCAGAAUCAUCGCAGUAAUCGAAUCGAUCACCCUCUUCGUCCGUAUCUUCUUCGUCUUCAGACAACGAGUCAUCUCCAUAUUCUGCUUCGGAAAAAGGUACCUCAGUUCCAAGUCGUUUUCUGCAAAAUCAACUCCAUAA